AUGGCUCAUGGGUCAGGUUGGAGGAGGAUAUCGAUGGCUCACAUUGGUGAAAGAGGAGGUAAGGCUGACAGGAAGAGGAAGAGGCAAAGCGGCAGCCAGAGGAGCCAAGAUGAUGGACGUCCGUCCACUUCAUUUAAAAGACCUGCUAAACGCUCUCGCAGAGGUAAGGCUGACAGGAAGAGGAAGAGGCAAAGCGGCUGCCAGAGGAGCCAAGAUGAUGGACGUCCAUCCACUUCGUUUAAAAGACCUGCUAAACGCUCUCGCAAAGAAGCAUAUGCGAAGGGCCCAUUGCUGGGACGAGGCGGAUUCGGCUCUGUGUAUGCUGGGAUCCGCAGGUCUGACAGACUGCCAGUUGCCAUCAAGUACGUCUCUAAAGACAGGACCCAAGAGAGGCUGAAAGUUGAAGGUCAGGGUCUGCUGCCGCUGGAGGUGGCAUUGAUGACCCGGGUCAAUUCAGCUCCUGCCUGCCCCAACGUCCUGCAGCUUGUGGAGUGGUUUGACCGUCGCAGUCGCUACAGCAUGAUCCUGGAACGGCCAGUUCCCUGCCAAGAUCUGCAGAGUUUCUGCGAGGAGAACGGCUGUGUGGAUGAGAGCUUGGCCAAGAAAGUGCUGGUUCAGCUGAUCACCGCUCUGAAACACUGCGAGAGCCGCGGAGUCCUGCACCGGGACGUCAAGCCAGAGAACCUGCUGAUUGCCACAGCGUCCCAUGACAUCAAGCUGCUGGACUUUGGUUGUGGAGACCUGCUAAAGGACUCGGCCUACACAUACUAUGCAGGUAGUCGUGAAUACGCUCCUCCUGAGUGGUUUGAUCAGCACUCCUAUCAUGCAGGACCGGCUACUGUUUGGUCAGUGGGGGUGACGCUCUACAACAUCCUGUGCUUUCCCUUCAGAGCCGCACGGAGGGUCUCCUUCAAAAGCCGACUGCUCUUCCCUAGAGAACUGUCUAUAGGCAAGAGAUAG